AUUUUAUUUGCUGAUCUUGGCUUCGCUAGCCGUAAAGCAUUCCCAAGACCACGAGCGAUUCAGCAAAUAAAGCAAAACACCGGGCGGCGGCGGCGGCAGUCGUCAGAACAAGAAAGAAGCCAACGUUCCCUCGCCUCCUUCCCCGCUCCCCUCCCUCGCGCAGCUGGGCUCGAGCCGCCGAACUAGCAAUUCUUGGCAACAUGGCGGUGCAGGAGGGGCGCAGAGAACCUUCUGCCGGGCCCCUCUUCUUCGGCUCUCCCGCAACUCCACAGGAAAGGCCUCGAGCGACGGCCGCGAGAUUCGGCCGGCUGAGGGGGUCGCUCUAGCUCGGGCAGGAGAGCCGUCUCUAUGCCCGAGGCACCCAGAGGCUGCGUCGACCGGCGCGCGAAGGAUCGGAGGGGUCCCGGGAAGGAAGGGAAGGAAAGGAAGGAAGGAAGGAGGGCGAGUUCGAGCUCAGCAGACGGGUGGAGCGGAGCAGCAGCAGCAGCAGCAGCAGGCUAGGGCGGGGCGGGGCUUCGCGGCGCCCACGGGCCAGGCGCUCAGACUGGCAGUUUAGCAGCUACUCCCCUUUGUGUCUGGACUGAGAAAAGGGGAGCCGCUGCCAGCCAGCCAGCCAAGCCCAGCUGCCAGAGGCGGGGAGGCGACGCGACGUUGAGAAUCCCCCUGCACGAAGCCUUCGUGGGCAGGUUCCCUUCAGCCGGAGGGCAGAGGGGCAGCUGACUCCCCGGUGGGGUGGAGGAAAGAGGGCAGGGUCGUGAGUGAGUGAAGGUGCAUGAGGGCGAAAGGGUUUGGCCUCCGCGGGAGUGCUGGUCACGGGUUCCCUCUCGGCUUCGGGCCGUUGGCGAACCGGGCUCUUGCGAGGGAAGGGAAGAGGGUGGAAGAAGUGGCUCUCCCCUCCCCUCUCCCCGCUGGGGCCAAGAAAGGAAGGAGCGGGCAGACGGGAAGAAAGUGCAUUUUUCCAAGGGCUGCCUAAGAGGAAAGGCCUCUUUGCCGCCGGGGCUGCUCGGAGCCAGGAACUGCGAAGCCCUGAUUUGCUGCUGCUGCUGCUGCUUCAUAGGAACGCCAGGACUUUCAGCCUUUUUCCUUGGUUGGAGCUAUUUCCUUUUCCGCGUACUUGCGUGCGUGUGGAUGCGCGUGUAAAGCCAAGUGGACGCCGAGUGUGUUAAAUUUAAUUCGAGGCUGAUGACACGUAAUGGGGCAAUGGGCCCUUAAAAUUCCCUGUAAAGAAGAUGACUUAUUUCUAAGUGACAGGACAUAGCCCUUCCUUAAGAAAGAUACAGCACAAAGAUUUGGAUCCUGUUUUCCCUAUCUUAAAUCUUGGCCUUUAAAUCUGUCUACAUCUGCCCUUUGGUGGUGACAGUCGAUUAUUUGUGUAUGUGCGUGUGUGUCCUUUUCACCUCUGGAUAUGAUUCAUUUGAAACCUGAGUGGUGUGGUGACCCUCUGAAGAGACAUGGGAAUUAAUUUAAAUAUUACAAUAAUGACCAUCAUCUUAAGAAAAAGAACAUGCUUGUCGGUUUGAGAAAAACAUCUUCUGAGGCCAAGCCCUGAACCAUGAAGGCAGAUUUGCUUAAUGGAGUAAAAGCUCAAACAGCUCCUCUUACUUACCAAUUGCCCUUUCAGACUGGAUUGUAAACUGAGAAAUUAAGACUCUUGGAAGACAAGAUUUCCUCCUGUCAGCAUUUUUUAAACUAUACACAGCUGGAUUCCUCCAAAUAUGACUGACUUGCUGCAGCACCUUUUACUGGUGCUCUUAUUCUCCAGUGCCACCUUACAACUCAGCAUUGCGGAUGCUGUGCAAGGUGAAGAGACAAAAUGUGCUUUUAGAGACUCCUACCAAAAUGAACAUGGAAUUAGUGAAAGUCAGAUUUCUCAAGAGAAUGGUACAGUUUUAUGUAUGAAAGGAAGUACCUGCUAUGGUCUCUGGGAGAAAACCCGAGAAGGAGAAAUACAUCUUGUAAAACAAGGGUGUUGGACUCAUAUAGGAGACCCCCAAGAGUGUCAUGCUGAAGAAUGCAUAGUAACAACCACUCCUUCCUUGAUUCAGAAUGGGACAUACCGUUUCUGCUGCUGUAGUACCAACCUGUGCAAUGUCAACUUCACAGAGAACUUUCCACCACCAGUUCCUAUAGAUCCAACACCUUCCGAUCCUCCUCAACGAGAUGACACAAUUGUAAUAAUUCUGGCAUCAGUAUCUGUACUGGCUGUUUUGAUGGCUAUUAUUUUCUUUGGAUAUAGGAUGUUAGGAGGGAUCCGUAAAAAAGGCCUGCAUACUAUGAACAUGAUGGAAGCAGCAGCUUUAGAACCCUCAUUAGAUCUGGAUAGUUUGAAACUACUGGAGCUUAUUGGACGAGGGCGAUAUGGAGCUGUAUACAAAGGAUCUUUAGAUGAGCGUCCAGUGGCUGUAAAAGUAUUUUCUUUUGCUAAUCGCCAGAAUUUUAUAAAUGAGAGAAAUAUUUAUAGAAUCCCACUGAUGGAACAUGACAAUAUUGCUCACUUCAUUGUGGGGGAUGAGAGAUGCACUGCAGAUGGACGAAUGGAGUAUUUAUUAGUAAUGGAAUAUUAUCCCAAUGGUUCUUUGUGCAGAUAUUUGACUCUCCAGGCUAGUGAUUGGGUGAACUCUUGCCGAAUGGCGCAUUCUGUAACUAGAGGCCUGGCAUAUCUUCAUACAGAAUUACCACGAGGAGAUCAUUACAAGCCUGCCAUUUCCCAUCGUGAUUUGAACAGCCGCAAUGUAUUAGUAAAGAAUGAUGGAACAUGUGUCAUUAGUGAUUUUGGCCUUUCCAUGAAGCUAACAGGGAAUAGACUGGUGCGCCCAGGUGAAGAGGAUAAUGCUGCAAUUAGUGAGGUUGGGACAAUUCGCUAUAUGGCCCCUGAAGUGCUGGAAGGAGCAGUAAAUUUAAGGGACUGUGAAUCAGCUUUGAAGCAAGUCGAUAUGUAUGCACUUGGUCUAAUCUACUGGGAGAUUUUUAUGAGAUGUACAGACCUCUUCCCAGGAGAAUCUGUGCCAGAGUUCCAAACGGCAUUCCAAGUAGAAGUUGGAAACCACCCCACUUUUGAAGAUAUGCAAGUCCUUGUUUCCAGAGAAAAGCAAAGACCAAAAUUCCCAGAGGCCUGGAAAGAGAACAGCUUGGCUGUAAGGUCACUGAAAGAGACAAUCGAAGACUGCUGGGAUCAAGAUGCUGAAGCUCGGCUGACAGCCCAGUGUGCUGAAGAGAGGAUGGCUGAACUCAUGAUGAUUUGGGAGAGGAAUAAAUCUGUCAGCCCAACUGUUAACCCUAUGUCUACAGCUAUGCAAAAUGAACGAAACCUGUCACACCAUAGACGAAUCGCAAAGAUCAGACCAUAUCAAGAAUAUUCUUCCUCAUCUUUCAUUGAGGAUUCAAUUAAUCACAGCGAUAGUAAAGUGAAGAACAUUUCAUCUGAACUUUCAGUGUCCAGCACACCACUGACAGUUGGGGAGAAGAACAGAAAUUCCAUUAACUAUGAGCGGCAGCAAGCACAAGCUCGUAUUCCAAGCCCUGAGACUAGCGUUACCAGUUUGUCAACCAACACUACCACCACCAACACAACUGGCCUUACUCCAAGCACUGGCAUGACUACCAUAUCUGAAAUGCCUUAUUCAGGUGAAACAAACAUUUGUGCUGCAAAUGGCAUGCAAUCAUGUGGGCCAACUCCUGUUUGUCUGCAGCUAACAGAGGAGGACUUGGAAACUAACAAGCUGGAUCCAAAAGAAGUAGAUAAAAACUUAAAGGAAAGCUCUGAUGAAAACCUGAUGGAGCAUUCUCUGAAGCAGUUCAGUGGGCCAGAUCCACUUAGCAGCACUAGUUCCAGUUUGCUGUACCCACUGAUAAAAUUGGCAGUAGAAGCAAAUGGACAACAGGACUUCAUGCAAGUUGGAAAUGGCCAAGCAUGCCUAAUUCCAGAUGUUCAGUCUGCUCAGGUCUACCCUCUUCCCAAACAGCAGAACCUCCCAAAGAGGCCUACUAGCCUACCCUUAAACACCAAAAAUUCAACAAAGGAGUCUCGGCUGAAAUUUGGAGGGAAGCACAAAUCAAACUUGAAGCAAGUAGAAACUGGAGUUGCCAAGAUGAAUACUAUAAAUGCUGCAGAACCUCACUUAGUAACAGUUACCACAAAUGAAGUGGCAGGGAGGAGCCAUACAACAAAUUCUCAUACUGUGUCAACACAAUAUGUCAAUGGGACAGUGCCAUCAGGCCAAACAACUAGCUCAGGAACACACAGAGCCCAAGAAAUGUUGCAACAUCAGUUCAGUGGAGAAGAUAGUCGUCUGAAUAUCAAUUCAAGUCCUGAUGAACAUGAGCCAUUAUUAAGAAGAGAGCAGCAAGUGAGCCAUGAUGAGGGCAUCCUCGAUCGACUGGUAGAUAGAAGAGAACGGUCACUGGAUAAUGGCCGGACAAAUACCAACAACAACAACAGUAACCUGCGUCUAGAGCAAGGUGUUUCUACCCAAAGCAGUGAGAGAACAGCACCAACUUCUGGACCGACCCACACUAAAAGAGCACAGAGGCCUAACUCCCUGGAUCUUUCUGCCACAAAUAUUUUGGAUGGGUGUAAUAUUCAGUUGGGUGAAUCAUCUCUUGAGGGGAAAUCUGGCUCAGGCGAAAAGAUCAAGAAACGUGUGAAAACGCCUUAUUCCCUAAAGAGAUGGCGCCCUUCAACAUGGGUCAUCUCCACAGAACCUCUGGAUUGUGAGAUUAACAACAAUGGGGGUGACAGGGUGGUUAGUUCUAAGUCCAGCACAGCUGUUUACCUUGGAGAAGGAGGUACUGCAACAACUAUGGUGUCUAAAGAUGCAGGAGUGAACUGUCUGUGAAUUGUUUAAAAGCUUACGCAACUGACAUUACUGCAUUCUGUUAAUGAACAUGCAGAAGACAUUUUAUAUUUUAAAAAAAACCUUCCUGCUUUCUUCUGUCAGUACUCCUUACCAAGGACUUGCUUUAAAUAGAUUUCAGCUAUGCAGACAAUUUAUAGCUUAUGCUUCCAUAAUUUUAAUUUUGUUCUUUUUUUUUUUUUUUACAUUUUGCACUUUUUAUUUAGAAUUGCAAAACUACAUCUGUUCGUCCUUGACCACGAAAUUAUAUAUGUAUGUAUCAAAUACUGUGGUCUCAAAAUAUUUUUUUUAAAAAUCAAAAACAAGAAAAUGUAUUGCUGAUAAUCAGUCUGGACCCGUUUCUAAAGGUCACUAAACAGCUACGCCAGUGGACUAUGGUGGCGUCCACUGAUCAUGGUUUGAAUUGUGUGCACAAAUCAUUUGUAUGUUUCUGUGUAACAAGAGUGUAUUACUUUCAUACUUUCUAUUUUACACCUGUAUUAUGUUGAAAUGUGCAAUAGUCUGUAGUUCAUAAUAUACUUUGUGUUUCCAUUCCUACAAUACAUUCUUCUUUUUGGAGUUAAAAAUGUCAAUAGCUGUGUUUAAUCUGGUAAAUCAGCAGCCAGUGGUUUCUAACCAUGAACUCUGCAAGCAUAAUCAGCUUGAAGUAACUGCUUUUAUCUAUCAGUAUAUGUGCUCUAAGAUUAGAGUUAAUGCAUGAUUUUCCCCCUCCCUUUACUCUUUUUUUAAAAAAAACUGAAAAGAACAAAUCUUUUCUCUUUCAUACUUCCAAAUUAGAAAUUUAAUUUUUCUUUGUAAUGAAUGACAUAGGUUGGGAAAAUUUUAAUCAAGAAAGUGUUUAAGAAAUGUAAGAAAUCAACAAUUAUCUUCCUGAUUAGUGCGAUACUAAUUAAAUGUAUUUUCAAUUAGGAAAUUUACAGGGUAAAGAAAGUUCUACCUUGGAUAGGUGAUUUAUGGUUUAUUUUCACCAAGUCAAGAUGCAUGUGAGAAUUAGAAGUACAAAAACAGAGCAGAACUGAAGGGUGGUAUGGCAUGGAAAGAGGAGAGCAAAGAUAAAAUAUCUUGCAUAUGCUUAUGGGUGGUUGGAUGUUGCCCCUUAUGUGUGCAUUUGUGUGGCUGGCUGUCAUUCUUAUGGUAUAGUUUAUGCAAUUUGUCAGUUAAAUAUAGUAUUUAUGUAUAUUUUUCCUUAAUGGAUGCUUUUGAUGCUUGCUGGAAAUACAUUUUUGUCUCAUCUUUGUAAUUUACCUUAAACACAUUGUGUACAGGUUGUUUAGGCAUAUUUUUAAGUAGAAAAGCUAAAACCUGGAUUAAUUUGCUUGCUUUCUAUGCCUUGGUUAUCGUCACAGCCAAAAUGAUCUACCUUAAUAUUGACAUUAAGUUGCCUGCUAUAUCUGAUUGACCGUAUAAGAGUUUAAUGAAAGGAUCCAGUUCAUCUCCUCUUUUUUUAUUAGUUAUUCUUCUAGAAUAUGAUUCAUGCUUAUCUCAAAAGCCUAUAAGUCUUUCGUUGUUCUGACCAGGAAUCUUAGAAGUUGUAAUCCAAUGCUUCUGGAAAUCACCCAAUAGAAAAAGUCAUAUAUAACAGGCGGUCCAACGUGCAGCUUUGGACUGCUAGUAAUGAACCCCACAAAAUAUAAUAAAAAUAUUAAAAAUAAUGGAAGUUUGUUAUUUAUAUACAUUAAUUAUAUUAUAUAUUUUAUAUGCAGCCCAGGACUAUUUCUCUUCACUCAGUGCGGCCCUGGCAAGCUAAAAGGUUGGAUACCCAUGAUACAGAACAUAUAUAGAGCCGUACAUAAUUGCAUAUGACUAUUACAACCUCUGGGUCAUUAUAUUGAAAAUAGGUAGGGGAAUUUGCUUAAAUUGAAACUAGUAUAAACACUUGCCAUAGCUUGAACCCAACUGCUAUGCAGGCAGGCAGAUUCAUACAUACAUACACAUACACAUACACACAUACACACAUACACACAUACAUACAUACAUACAUACAUACAUACAUACAAACAACAUAGCACCUAACAUGACAAUGUUCUGAGUGAAGUAAUUUUAUUCUAGUACUAUUUUUCAACCUCUUAUGGCCCACUUUAAAUAAUUUUAAAAGUCACCUCUUUUUCGUUGAAUUCUAUUAUUUACUAUCUUUCUAAAAGUAUGUUGCCUUUAUUCUUAGAGUCAUAACAUACCUACACCUUGGCUGCUAGUUUUCUUAGGACUUGGUCCUAGAUUCAUGCAAUAACACAUUUACAGAAAGUUGUCGUCCUACCAUAUUUCAUUCAAGCUUGCUUUUUAUUGUACAACUAUUCAUAGAAUUAGGUUUUCUUAUCAACAUUUACCGUUUAAGUUACACUGAACUGUUCUGGGAGGGAGAGGGGCACAGUCAGCUUUCAUGGUGAGCAGUUUUACAUGCUUGAAUCUGUGGCUUGCUUAAAUCAAGCUUUUCAAGGCAGGUUUUGAGGUAUCCACCUAAAUUGCUGUGCAGCCCCUAAAUCAGCCUUAAAGAACAAGUUUAUAAUUUUUUUUGGUGGAAAAAACAUUGUAGGAGCUCCUACACUUCUCAAACUGAUUUCUCAAGGUAGCAAUAUUCAGGCCAAGAGGAAAUUUGAUUAGUGGGACUUAAAUACCCUUCCAGCUGCCCCAGAGUGCUGUAUUCUAAAAGGGUAUAUCAGAAAAGGAAGUCUUAUUUUGAAAAGUGAAUUGCCUAGAUGUCAUUAGCCUGAAUGGGCCCAAUUUGUCGGGCUGCUUCCUUUUUAUAUUUCAAAUAUCCAAAGGGUCAGGGAAGAGGUGGGUUUUAUUUCUAAACUUUCUUUGGACAGAUGCCUCUCCCUACUUCCCCAAAACAGGAAGCAUGAGAUGUUUUCUUAAGCAUUUUCUAGAGUUUAUUUAAAUGUAAAAAGCAGCUAAUUAAAAAGAAAGCAGAAGGGAAUAUUGGGGCAAAGAAAAGUCUCUGAAAGUAGUUCAGUUCCACUUUAGAUCUGUUUGGUAUUAAAUGUAUCAGAAUAUAUUGACAGUGACUGUAAGAUGUGGCUAUUAUUUCACUGUGUCUCAUAUUGAGACACAGUGGCCUAAGUUUAAAAGUUAAAAAAUAUAAGUUAUAAUGUUUCCCAAAUAUGAUGUAUCAUACACAUUUUGCUCUUAGUUAAUUUUGCACAGUUAUGGAUGUGAUGCUCUCUUUCUUAAAAUUAUACUGCUAGCAAAUGAUCAGUUGAAAAGUAUUUAUUGAAAAAGUACUUCCCUUUAUCAAUAUUUUGAAUGAGAAAAUAUUGCAUGAUGAGGUACAUUAUUUGCCAUUUUGUAAGAACAAAUUUCCAAAAAUAAAUAAAAUAGUAUCAGAAUUCCAUUACUUAGCAAAUCAAAGACAAUGUAUUUUUCUAAUGUGGCAGGCUCAUUGUUUCACUAUAAUUUCACCUCCACCCCACCCAUAAUGUGAUGCAGGGGAAGGAAAAUAGUGCGCAAGUUAAACAAAUUGCACUCUUAUUGUAUAAAUUGUAUAAUAAGUGAAGAAUUUUUAAAAAAUUAAAGAUACAUUAAUUGCAUUUUAAUUCAUGGAGAACAAUAUUAAAAGCAUGUAUUUUGUGUUAGAUAUAACAGGAUAAUUCAGGCUACUUUUGUUAUCAUUUGAAAGUAGAAAGUUGUUCUGCUCAGUAGUCACGUUUAUUUUAGUUGAAUGAACAACAUAAAAUGCAUAAAUGCAAAAUUCUGCAUUGUUCCUCAAAAGCUGUUGUACUCAUGAAUACCCAUACUUUGUGGGGAGGAACUCAAAAUAGGUUCAUGCUUGAGAAAGGAAUUUUUCAUCCACAUUAUUUGUGAUAAUCUAGCAGUAAGUCCUUGCACAUCUACUGCAUCUCUAAGCACUACUCCUUCUGAUGUAUUUUUCCCCAUGAUUGUUUUUUAACAAAACAGAUUAAUAUAAAGGUUAUAAAGCCUAUUUCAUCAAAGAAUUAUAAUGAAGAACAAUUUGUUUCAUUUUUACCAUACUUGUAUAUCUUUUAUUACUUUUUCCAGUUAAUACCAUUCAGUUCUCUAUUGCAAUUUUUAAAAUAUUAAUUUUAUUAGGAAAAUAUGUGAUAUAAAGAGUAGUCUAAAUACUUUAUUUUUCCUUGGUAAUUUGAAAGUAUCUGAUAAAUUUACAAUUUAUUUUGAACCAUAUAUAAUCAUCUAGCCUAGACUAAGUCAGUACUUUCAUUUAAUUUCUUUUUUGCAAAGGAAAUUCAUAUAUGGCUUUCAUCUCUCCCCUAGAGUACGGGUGUCAAACCCAAUCAUGUGACAUAUUGUGAUGUUUUUCCCCUUUGCUGGAGUGGACAUGGCCUGUGCAUGAUGCAUCUGGCCCGAGGGCCGCCAAUUUGACACCCCUGCCCUAGAGUAACAAAAGGAAUUUGAGCAAGCAAUUUUGAGAUAAAAAGUGUUGCGCAAUCCAGUUUAGAUACCCUUGUUAUUGUUUUAUUCUGUUGUUCUACCUUAAGUCCAUUCAAACAUCACAGUUAAGAUCAUAGCUUGUGGAAUCUAAAUUGCGAAGACCUUGGAAAAUAAGUGAAACCAUAUCUUGCAUUUGGGGUCCAUGUUGAACUCUUUGACCAGUUUUUUAAAAAGUUUUCUUGAGGGAGUUGGCUAGAUUCUCUGCAAUGAGCCAUACUUGCUAUAACUGCUGCUUUAGCAGCAUCUGGAGAAGGCAGCAAUCAUUUUGUAUUUUUCAUCAAUUGGGUAAAUGUUCGGUCAUUUAAGCUGAAAAGGGCUGAUCUUAGAGGGUACAGUUUAAAUACUUGAAAAAGCUGAAGUUUUUUUUUGUGAGUUCCAGAGUGCUUCCAGAGACUUGUAGCCAAAGUAUUGGGUGCUUCUUGAUCAACACAAAAUGAUGUACUUUGAAGCCAAAGGCAAGAGAGAGUAAAAGUAUGAGCUCCAGUAGCCCUCAGUGAACUUUUUCAACAGAUGUCAUUCUUAUUCCAGUUUCAUCCAUGUCAUUAUUUUGCCAGGACUACAGAAUGCCUAUUAUUGGCUCAAGUGUGUACCCCAUUUCAGGAUGUACUUUUGAGUUGUAGAGGGAAAGCACCUCAAACUUAAGAUAGGCAGUGGUCCUGUUUGCAGAUUUAAACUGAAGCAUUUGCUUUUUCAAGCAUGUCAUUCAAAGUCUUGAAGUGCCCACAAGUGCCCCCUGUAUGCUUGCUUCUGAUAUGUAAGUCCAAAUCUAAAAUUACAAACACAGAUUCAGACAGAAUUAUUGAUUUUCCUUUGUCUAAUAUUGCUACAUUUUAAGGGGGUCAUUUAAAAAGACGUGGUUAAAAUGCCAUCUUAAUCAAUUUGCUUCUUAUUUUGUUUUAUAUAAUUUAUUCGGUGACAUAAUAGUUAGCACUGUUAAAAAUUCUGGUCUCUUAUUACUCAAAAAGUAAGAAUAUUCUCCUUCCUUUAUAUAAGAUAUUCAGUUAUUAGAUACUUCAUUAUUCCUUCUCAAUAGGGCUUACAAUGCAGAGGCUCUUUGGGAAUCUAUUUUCAAAGCUAUUAGAAUAUUAGAAGUGAAGCAAAGAUUCUGGUAGUUUAAAAACUACCAAAUUUAUUACGGCAUGAAUUCAUGGACAUAUGCUACAUAAAGUAGAAGUCUAGCCUCAUUGCAGGUAGUGCUUAACUUACAACCAUUUGCUUAGCAACCAUUCAAAGUUACUAUGGCACUGAAAAAAAAUGACUUGCAACCAGUCUUCGCACUUAUAGCUGUCACAGUAUCCCCAUGAUCACAUGAUCAGAAUUCAUGUGCUUGGAAUUUAUGACAGUUGUAUCAUCCCCGAGUCAUGUGACUGACCUUUGCAACCUUCCCUGCCAGCUUCCAACAAAUAGUCAAUGGGGGAAGUUGGAUUUGCUUAAAUGACAAUAUGUUUUACUUAACCGUGGCAAAAAAGGUUGUAAAAUCAGGCACAAGUCAGUUAAUCACUACUUUGCUUAGCAACAGAAAUUCUGGUUCCAGUUGUGGCCGUAAGUCGUACAGAGAAAUAAAAGUAGGGAACUAUUUGUUCACACCCAAAAUGGGAAUGUCUCAGGCUCUACCAUGUAAAUAAAUAAAUAUAUAUAAAAUGCAGUUAGAAAUCUGAGAGUGCCCUCUUCUGACUUUGUCAAAAAAAUGUUUUUUUCCAGAUUUUUUUAGAGCACUUAGUUCAGAGUGUUUAUUUUAAUUUUGGGGGAUUUUGACAAAUCCCCCAAAUGUUACUAUAUAACAUUUGUCUAGUACUAAUAUUAUGGUCAUGGUUUUUCUUUUAGCUAUAUCCUUGGUAUUUACAGCGCUUAGAUUUGUCCAUGAAAAAAUCCAAAUUAAAUGGGAAAGGCAACUAGAAAUUCAAAAAAAGAAUGAUUACAUAUCUAAUUUUUGUCUAUCUUAGUUUGUGUUGGUUACUCAAGAUCAAAUGAUAUCAGUGCUGCAUAUUUGUUUUCUUAUACUGAAGGAAAUGUACUGGCCAGCAUGCAAGAUUGAAACACACCUUUCUUUGCUUCAGAUUAAAUGUUUUCUAAAAAAUGUUAUUGGGACAAUAGCCAAAUACAAGACAACAUUCACUGAAGCUGAAAUGUGAAGCUAUAUAUAUCCAAUUACAAAAAUACUACUGUACAGUCUUCAAUAGCCAAGCACCCAAAUAUUUCUAGAAAGUAAGAUGAGUUGAAGAAUGCUAGUUGUCAUAUUGUAGUCCUAUUGUACUGUCUCCCACAUUACUGCUGAAAUAGCCAGUUUAUAACUAUUAGUUUUAUUAUUUUUGUAUAAACUGCCCAAUAUUUUCCUAUGCUAUUUAAGUUGUGUAUUACAGGAUGUGACUUAAUUACAUUUAUUGCUUUUUUAAAAAUGUUUUAUUGAGGCCACUAAGAAAGCUGACAUUACUGAAAGCCAAUUUAGAGUUUUCUAUGAAUUCUUGUAACAAAAUGCCUUGUGAUAUAUGAAUCUGAAUAAACAGACUGUUUUAAUGAAAAUAAUGGAUCAGAACAUUUAAAAACUAUCCUUUAGGGGGUUUGUGGAGAGGGGAAAGGCUUGCUGUAAAAUUAUGCAUUAAUCCAUUUAAUAAAUAUCACUUCAUGAAAGUA